AUGGAUCGAGCAACAGAUCUCAUAGGAAAAUAUCUUUUAACCGGCUGGGUCCCCUUAUUACGUUCCAAAGACAGCUCAGUAUGGUUUUGUGUUCUUUGCGAAAAACCAGAAAAUACACCUAUAAAUUCGCCACAAAAUUCUUUACAAGAAAAUCUUUCACAAAAUGAAACAUCAAAUGCACCUAAUAAUAUUGAACCGACUAUUCUGAGCUCGCAAAAUUCCACUCAAACCCAUAGUGAAGUUAAUAUUUCCAUAGAAGAACGACGUGAGCAGUCACGGCGUGCUUCACAAUCUAUUGGACAAUACCUGUUACAGGGCUGGGCCUUAAUCGAUGAAGUAUGUCCAAAUGAAACUUGUUUUGGUGUAAACAAAAAAAGAUAUUGUGUGGUUUGCCAACAUUAUUACAUGAAUGAAUCUGACAUCGAUCAUUCAAAAUAUAAAAUUUCGCGUGAUUUGGCACCGCAAACAUCCACAUUAUCUUCCAACAGGUCCGUAUUUAACGAAGAGAAGCGUAAAGUUUACGCCAAAGAUACUGAGAAUAUAGCCACCAAUUCUUUCAGCAACAAUAACAAUAAUGAAGCGAUCAAUACGGCACAAAAAGCAAUCAUAGCGAAGCUUGAAGAAUUAAGCGCUCGCUUACAAGAUACCAUCGACAUAUCUGAGGUUAAAAGUAUAUGUGAUGCAAUGAAAAGUUGUGCUCAAGCUUUGGAGGCUUUGGGAGCGUUAGAUUGA